GCGCAUCGAUGACGAGUUCGCUCACUGGACAAUCAUAUUGAUCGGUUUCCAUUUAUUUCGGUGUCGUCGCCGCCGAAGUCCGUUCGUAGGCGGAUGCGACGAACCUAGAUAGAUAGGAAUUAUUUUUUUGUGUAUUGUGUUAAAGAAACUAACAAAAUGGGGUCGUUGUUUCGGAGUGAGGAAAUGACUUUAUGUCAACUUUUCCUACAGAGUGAAGCAGCCUAUGCUUGCGUGUCUGAACUUGGUGAAUUGGGGCUCGUACAAUUCCGCGACCUAAAUCCCGACGUAAAUGCUUUCCAACGCAAAUUCGUCAACGAAGUGCGUCGCUGCGAUGAAAUGGAACGCAAGCUUCGUUAUCUCGAGAAGGAGAUCAGACGCGAUGGUAUUCCGAUGCUUGAGAUACCAGGAGAGGUCCCAGAGGCGCCUCAGCCCAGAGAGAUGAUUGACCUUGAGGCAACCUUCGAGAAACUUGAAAAUGAGCUACGCGAAGUUAAUCAGAACGCGGAAGCUCUGAAGAGAAAUUAUCUCGAAUUGACUGAGCUCAAACACAUCCUUAGGAAGACACAAGUAUUCUUCGACGAGCACGAGGGCGGUGCCAAUACCACCGAAUCGAUGACGCGCGCACUGAUAUCCGACGAUCCGAACAAACAUAUGGGACAGGUUCAACUAGGUUUUCGGGAUAAACAAGAGUCCUUGGAAUUCCUGCCUUGUUUCGUCGCUGGUGUUAUACUUCGUGAGCGUAUACCAGCCUUUGAGAGGAUGCUAUGGAGAGCUUGUAGAGGAAACGUAUUCCUUCGACAGGCUGAGAUCGACACACCAUUGGAGGACCCGUCGUCUUCGGACCAAGUAUACAAGUCGGUGUUCAUAAUAUUCUUCCAAGGAGAUCAACUGAAGACACGCGUCAAGAAAAUAUGCGAAGGAUUCCGUGCGACGCUGUACCCUUGCCCCGAAGCCCCGGCCGACAGGCGUGAAAUGGCUAUGGGUGUGAUGACCAGGAUCGAGGACUUGAACACGGUCCUCGGCCAAACCCAAGACCACCGUCACCGCGUGCUCGUAGCCGCCGCCAAGAACAUCAAGAACUGGUUCGUGAAGGUCCGCAAGAUCAAGGCCAUCUACCACACUCUCAACCUUUUCAACUUGGACGUCACGCAGAAGUGUUUGAUCGCCGAAUGCUGGGUGCCCGCGCUGGAUAUGGAGACUAUACAGCUCGCUCUGAGGAGAGGAACGGAACGCAGCGGCAGUUCCGUGCCGCCGAUCCUGAACCGCAUGGAGACGCUGGAGGACCCGCCGACGUACAACCGCACCAACAAGUUCACGUCCGCCUUCCAGAACCUCAUCUACGCGUACGGCGUCGCCACCUACCGCGAGGUCAACCCCGCGCCGUACACGAUCAUCACGUUCCCGUUCCUGUUCGCCGUGAUGUUCGGCGACCUGGGCCACGGCGCGCUCAUGGCCGCCUUCGGCUUCUGGAUGUGCUACAAGGAGAAGCCGCUGCAGGCCAAGAAGAUCGACAGCGAGAUCUGGAACAUAUUCUUCGGCGGACGGUACAUCGUCCUGCUCAUGGGUCUGUUCUCGAUGUACACCGGCCUCAUAUACAACGAUAUAUUCUCGAAAAGUCUCAACAUAUUCGGAUCCUCUUGGCAGAACAACUACAAUGAGUCCACGUUGAGGGAGAACAAGGCCUUGCAACUGAACCCUGAUUCGGAAGACUAUUUGCAGUACCCAUACGCCUUCGGGAUAGAUCCUGUUUGGCAGUUGGCCGAAGCUAAUAAGAUUAUCUUCAUGAACGCUUACAAGAUGAAGAUCUCGAUCAUCAUCGGAGUCUUCCACAUGUUGUUCGGUGUCUGCAUGUCGCUCUGGAAUCAUAUAUACUUCAAGCGUCGCAUCAGUAUCUACGUAGAAUUCAUACCACAGAUUAUGUUCUUGACUCUGCUGUUCUUCUACAUGGUACUGUUGAUGUUCAUCAAGUGGACCACAUAUGGACCUACGCCUCCCUACUUUGGUAGCCAAGAUCCAGAGAUCGUGAAGACGAGCGGCUUCUGCGCGCCGUCCAUCUUGAUCACGUUCAUCAACAUGAUGCUGUUCAAGACGGACGCCAACACCCGCCCCCAGUGCGACCCCACCAUGUUCGCCGGACAGAUCGGCCUGCAGAAGUUCUUCGUGAUCUUAGCGCUGAUGUGCGUCCCCGUCAUGUUGUUUGGCAAACCUUACUACCUAAUGAAGGAGCAGAAGAAGCGUGAUAGCCAGGCCCACCAGAGCAUGGAGGCGGCGGCCGAGAACGGCGCGGCGGGCGGCGCGCCCGCGCCCGCGCCGCGCGGACACGACGACGACAUCACCGAGGUGUUCAUCCACCAGGCCAUCCACACCAUCGAGUACGUGCUGGGCAGCGUGUCGCACACGGCCUCCUACCUGCGCCUGUGGGCGCUGUCGCUGGCGCACGCGCAGCUGGCCGAGGUGGCCUGGAACAUGCUGCUGCGGAAAGGUCUGAAGUCCGCCGGUUACCAGGGCGGCAUAUACCUGUACGUGGUGUUCGCCGGCUGGGCCGCCAUCUCCGUGUCCAUCCUCGUGUUGAUGGAGGGGCUGUCCGCUUUCCUGCACACGCUGCGUCUGCACUGGGUCGAAUUCCAGAGCAAAUUCUAUUCCGGCGAGGGCUACUUGUUCCAGCCGUUCUCCUUCGAGGUCAUCCUCGACUCGGCUGGUCAGACCGAAGAGUAAACAUCAAAAAUACAAAUACACCUGUAGCCCGUUCUAUUUAAGCUUUAUUCGAGUAGAUAAUGCGCUUUAAAUAUAUUCAAAUGAAAUAGCUGUGAACAAUGUGUAGGUAACGAUAAUUUCAAUAAGGAUGUGUUGUUUAAAAUGUUUAUAUCGGCAAUCAUAUCAUAUAUUAUGUUCCUAUGUGAUUGCUUCGGAAUGAGGACAAACACGCAACAAAAUAGAAGGCCUUUUCUUUCCCCUCAAAUCUCCCCGGGAACGCUGAUGUGAUCGAGAAUGCUAAACUGCUCGCAGUUAUUUUACAAGAAAGAGAUUAUCUUUGUUUAAGUAUAAUUGUUCAUCUGUUUGAAUUUAAUACAUAGAUCAGAGAGGGGACUGGUUUAUGCUACAGAGAUUUAUACUCUGUGAUUUAACAAACGGCCUUGAUGAAUUUACCAGUUUAUAUAAUUUAUUAACUUAUCUUUGAUGUAUCUUAUUCGAUGUUUGCAAAUAGUGCAUCGUAUUAUAAGCCUUAACUAUAAAGCAUUGAUGUCUAUAUUGGAAUAAUAGAUAGCGUUGCAGAGUAUUUGGUAUCCAAUGGAAAAAAGAUCCCUUUUGUAUUUCUUUUAUAACUCAUUUUAUAAGUUCAAAUGUACUUAAAAACUUUUUGAAUUCGUUUUUUUAACCGAGGCUCUCUUUAUUUGUAAAAACAUAGAAAUUGUCGGUCCGUAGAUCACCAUGUAAUUGUUAUAUCAACCUUAUGACGUAGAAAAUGUAAUUUAGCUUCAGGUUUAUCAAUAAAAGUUUAUUUCGUAGCACA